GCGUCGGCCGGCGAACGCGGUGGUGCCGCGGCUGAUAGCCGACACGUCAUACAACAAAUAGAAACAGAAUCGUUCUCCGCCUUUUGCAGCGGGUUGAAAGUCACCGGGCCAACACAGUUUUUUCAGGAGAAACAGAACGGCUGACUGUUAUACGUCUUAGUCACUUCUGAUCAGAGCCCAGCACGAACCAAGAAUGUCGUACCCAGGAUACCCACCACAGCAGUCUUACCCAAACCCUAACCAGAUGCCACCCUACCCCACUCAGGGCGGCUACCCUGGAGGACCGCCCCAGGUGGGCUUCAACCCUAUGUACCCCGCUCAGAAUGUGGGACCUUAUCCUCCUGCGGCGGGCGGCUACCCUCCCGCAGGCUAUCCUCCUGCAGGUUACCCUCCUGCAGGUUACCCUCCAACAGGAUACCUUCCUGCAGGAUACCCUCCCGCAGGGUACCCUCCCGCUGGCUAUCCUCCUGCGGGAUACCCACCUGCCACUCAGACCUAUGCUCCUGUCCAAGAGUACGCACCACCUCCCACUUCCGCACCUCCUCCCUCGCAUUCUUCAUAUCCUGGUAGCACCCAGACAGGUCAACAGCAUGCUUACGGGGGUGGUGCCACUGCCACUACCACUACUAGCCUGAAGAAGUUCACUCCAACCAUCCGUCCAAAGCAGCCUUAUGGCCCUGCUGAGGAGGAGGCAGACGCAGCCGCACUGCGCAAAGCAAUGAAGGGUCUUGGCACUGACGAAAAGGCCAUCAUCGCAAUUCUGUCGAACCGCUCUAACGCACAGCGCCUACAGAUUUCACGCAAAUACACUGCUUUGUAUGGAAAGGACCUCCUGAAGGAUCUGAAAGGUGAAUUGAGUGGUAAUUUUGAGGAUGUGGUUGUGGCCUGUAUGACCCCUCUUGACCAGUUCUUCGCCAAAGAGCUGCACGACGCAAUUUCUGGUCUUGGCACCAAUGAAACUACUUUGAUUGAAGUACUGUGCUCCCUUAACAAUGCCUGGAUCCAUGCCAUCAAAAACGCUUAUCAGACAAAGUACAAGAAGUCCUUGGAGUCUGACAUUAAGGGCGACACAUCUGGUUACUUUGAGCGUCUGCUGAUUUCCCUUUGCCAAGGGAUGAGGGAUGAAAACCCCACAGUCAACCCAGGGCAGGUGGCAGCGGAUGUACAGGCUCUUUUCCAAGCUGGACAAAACAAAAUUGGAACUGAUGAGGCCACUUUCAACGCUAUCCUUGUGUCACGCAGCCUGCCCCACUUGAGGGAGGUGUUCAAACAGUACCAACAGAGCCAUGGCAAACCCUUUGAAAAGGUCGUCUUGAGCGAGUUCUCUGGUUCAGUUGAAACUGGCCUGCUCGCCAUCGUCAAGUGCAUGACUGACUGCUCUUUGUACUUUGCUGAGCGUCUGCACGACAGCAUGUCUGGUGCAGGCACCAAGGAUAAGGCUCUGAUCAGGAUCAUCGUCAGCAGAUCUGAGUGCGACCUGGGAGACAUCAAGGUGGCUUUCCAGCAGAAGUACGGCAAGAGCCUGGAGAGCUUCAUUAAUAGUGACUGCUCUGGUGAUUACAAGAGGAUGCUGGUUGCAAUGGUCACCCCUAUGUAAAAUGCGACAUAAAUAUUAUAAUCCUAAAUCCUUCCAAUCAUAUUUGUUCCUGCGUUGUAGCGCUGGAUGACAUUUUCAAAAUAAAUAUAAAUUAAUGUUUGGCCUGAGCUUUGAAACCAAGAAAUUCAAAGAGUUUAACUCUUCCAUUAAAUUAACUUUUCCGAUCCAAAUAUAUGUAUUAGAUUGCACGUGUAUUAUCGCACUGAGUGCUCUUAGAGGAUAAUAUCGAAACUUUUGAACUAUAUUUCGGAUCAUUAUCUAGCACAAUUUAAAAAAACCUCUAACGUGAUUACUGAGAAUGUAAAUUGCCAGCAUCUAAUCUGGCAAGUUUUAAAUAAAUUAUUCGGUGCUAAUAAAAAUUAUUUUGGUGUUUAACAAAA